AUGGUCAGGGAAGAUGACUCAGAGAAAAAAGAUGCAAAAAUUGCUGUUGCAGCAACCCAUUCCAACUGCAUCAUUAAAAAGGAGCAAGAGACUUGUCUGGAGAAGAUCCGGAGGGCGACGGCCCUGAACCCUCUCAAUGACUCUUCUCCGGGUUGCCCAGGAAUGUGGGACAAUAUCACAUGUUGGAAACCUGCAAGUGUGGGAGAAAUUGUCUUUGUCAAGUGUCCUGCACUCUUCAGAUUUAUCAUCUCUGAGGAUGGUUGGGAAGUGGAUAAUUUGGGGCAAACCCAUGCAGGUGAUUAUGACCUGCUGGAAAGCACAGCCCAGUCUCUCCUAGGGGACAUCAGCAGGAAUUGUACUGAAGAUGGCUGGUCCGAACCUUUCCCUCAUUAUUACGAUGCCUGUGGCUUUGAUGAGAACGAGACAGAGUCUGAUAACCAGGAUUACUACUAUCUCUCGGUGAAGGCUCUGUACACGGUGGGAUACAGCACUUCCCUGGUUUCCCUCACCACUGCCAUGGUCAUCCUGUGUCGCUUCAGGAAGCUUCACUGCACUCGGAAUUUCAUCCACAUGAACCUUUUUGUUUCAUUCAUCCUCCGUGCAAUAUCUGUGUUCAUUAAGGACGGGGUUCUUUAUGCUGAGCAGGAUGGAAACCACUGUUUUAUCUCCACGGUGGAAUGCAAAGCAGUGAUGGUGUUUUUUCACUACUGUGUCAUGUCCAACUACUUCUGGCUGUUCAUCGAGGGGUUGUACCUCUUCACAUUGUUGGUGGAAACCUUCUUCCCCGAGAGGAGAUAUUUCUACUGGUACACAAUCAUUGGCUGGGGUACCCCGACAAUUUGUGUCACUGUCUGGGCAGUGCUGAGGCUCCACUUCGAUGACACUGGCUGCUGGGACAUGAAUGACAACACUGCCUUGUGGUGGGUGAUCAAGGGUCCCGUGGUUGGGUCAAUCAUGAUAAACUUUGUGCUUUUUAUUGGCAUAAUUGUGAUACUUGUGCAGAAACUCCAGUCACCUGACAUCGGGGGCAAUGAGUCCAGCAUUUACUUCACCCUCCCUCUUCCUCCCAGAUGCAGCUGCAGUCCCUGCCCAGGACACUUGCGCAGCUGCGUUCAGAAAUGCUACUGUAAGCCUAAGAGGGCUAACCAGCACUCUUGCAAGAUGUCAGAACUAUCAACCAUUACCCUGAGACUGGCUCGCUCCACCCUGCUGCUGAUCCCUUUGUUUGGAAUUCACUACACGGUGUUUGCCUUUUCUCCUGAGAAUGUCAGUAAGAGGGAGAGGCUGGUGUUUGAGUUGGGACUGGGAUCCUUCCAGGGUUUUGUUGUCGCUGUUCUCUACUGCUUCUUGAAUGGGGAGGUGCAAUCAGAAAUAAAGAGAAAAUGGAGGAGCUGGAAAGUCAACCGGUAUUUUGCUGUGGAUUUCAAACAUCGCCAUCCUUCUCUAGCGAGCAGCGGAGUGAACGGGGGGACACAACUCUCCAUUCUGAGCAAGAGCAGCUCUCAGAUUCGGAUGUCCAGUAUAAAUGCAGAGAACCUGGCGACAUGAGCAGCUGAGGAGAGCAAAGGAACCAACGAGCAAACCAAAAACCAUCCCUUGAAAAAGAAAAAA